AUGGGAGAGGAACCAGGCUGCGUGAAUGUGGCCUCAAAUAAUAUGUCUGAUCGUAUCGGUUCCGAUGCACAAACCGCCGGUUCUGGGUCCGACUGGGCUGCUCAGGUUGAGACACAAAGCUGUGAUUUUACAGGAGAUGUGGAGGAACCCGAGGAGACCAGAGCUGUGGAAUCCAACCUGGAUAUUAAGCAGCACCAAGAGGCUGAAAGAAGAACAUCUCCAGUGGACAUUUUGAGAAGAAACUUUGCAGCAAUCAGACCACCUUCUGUUGGGAAAUAUAAUGUAGAAACAUCUAAAGUGGGCUCCAUGUUGGACCAGGAGAAGUUGGCUGUGAUCCAGGUACCACCAUGUAUCUCCUACUUCAAUGUUUCCAAACAAAGUCUGGAAGGUGAAUCAAGAACUAACCUGGAAACAGCCAGACCACCUUCUGUUGGGAAAUAUAAUAUAGCAACAUCUAAAGUGGGCUCCAUGUUGGACCAGGAGAAGCUGGCUGUGAUCCAGGUACCACCAUAUAUCUCCAGCUUCAAUGUUUCCGAACAAAGGAAGGUGGAAGAAACCGACUCUGAUUUCCCAGAUUUGUCAACAUCCUUAGAAUUGGAAGAUCUUCAACUGUCGAUUUUGGAAAGGAACCUUGAAAGUAACAUUAAAGCCAUAGAAGAAAAUGAAAUUUGCCAAUCCAAAGAGCACGUCUACUGCACCGUGUACUGCAUCGCCAACGAUAACUACAGGAAGCCAUUAGAAGCCGCGCCACCGUCGGACCCCGAGAGUCCGCCCCCUUCCGAACUGCCUGAAGUUUGUUCGCCUGUAAACUUGCCAAAUCCGAACCUGGAUUUAGAGAUCUGUCACUACCCGGAGCCGUAUACGCUCAGAGAUCUUGUGGACCCUUCCAUGUUUAGCAGCAUUCUCAACGUGGACGAUCUGGUGCUAACGUGCCUAGUGUGUCUUGAUGUCCGAGCCAUCAGGCCUCUCCACUGUUGCAAGAAGUCGGUGUGUGAGGACUGUCUGAAGUCGUACAUCGAAUCCCAGGUUCUCUCAGGCCGGGCGUACAUCAGGUGUCCAAUCCCAGAAUGCAGUGGUUACCUGGAGGAGAGCGUAGUGAUGUCCCACCUGGCCAGCGAGGAUGUGGCCAAGUACAAGUACUUUCUGGAGCUUAGCAGAGUGGACUCUGGGACGAAGGCGUGUCCACAGUGCAGUCUGUUCACCUCACUGAAGGGACAGAACCCGCCAGUGUCCGGCAAGAUGGAGCAGAAGUUCAAGAUCCAGUGCAGUAGGUGCCAGCUGGUGUGGUGUUUUAAAUGCCAUGCACCGUGGCACGAGGGUCUGAAGUGCCGCGACUACAGAAAGGGAGACAAACUGCUGCGUCACUGGGCCAGCGUCAUCGAGCACGGCCAGAGGAACGCUCAGAAAUGUCCUCGCUGCAAGAUCCACAUUCAGAGGACCGAGGGCUGUGAUCACAUGACCUGCACACAAUGCAACACCAACUUCUGUUACCGUUGCGGCGAGAAAUACCGCCAGCUGCGUUUUUUCGGCGACCACACCUCGAACCUGAGUGUGUUUGGCUGCAAGUAUCGCUACCUGCCCGAGAAACCGCAUCUGCGCCGCUUCGUCCGCGGCUCCGUGUGCGUGAGUAAAGUCCUGGUGGCACCGGUGCUGAUCGUCCUGCUGGUGGUGAUCGGUGCUUUGGCUCUCGUUAUAGGUCUGGUCGCGUUCCCAAUUUACUACAUUUGUAAGAAGCGUAAGAAACACUCCAACGGCACGGGACGCUGGCUGUGCUGAUGUCACACACUCCAGAGAGCGAACCGAACGGCAGUCUGCGCCCCUCAUCUGUUCCUUCACCUAUCGGUUUGAGUAUUUCUGAAUCAUGUGUGAGGAAUCGUCCGGUUACUGGAACGUCGACCGAUGUUGUCGGCCGAUGUAGGUUUCUAGCAACUUCACGUGUGCUGGAGAUUUCCUUUUGGAAGAUCGUGGCUGAAAUCAUCACACCCGAAGCCCCGUUUGCGCCUCACGUUAACAGAUUAUCUUCAUGUGGAUGUUGGUUUCUGGAUUACGUUUUUUUCCCUCUCAUGAUCGUUACGCCUGUUGCUGGGUGCUUGGAUCUCGUUUCUCCGGAACGGUAUGCAAAUCUAGGUGGUUAAUAGUGUACGGAACGUCAGCCAACACUCAACCCCGCAGUAGAUGGAUAGCGAGGGAUGGUUUUCUCGCCUGCUGUUACUUUUUCUUUAUCUGUGGACCUGCAGUAUUAGCUGCUGUACAUGAACCGGUCGAUGUGCAGGAGGGAAUAACGUAGCGGUUCUCUGCACAAACAGGAGCCUUUGAUAAAUAAUAUCAUGACAUAAUGUUGCUGGAGUCAGUUUACACGCAUCCGAGUCAUCAGUCUGACUACUAUGCUUAUACAGUAAGCGGCUCAGAUCGUGUGGAAAUGCUGCUCGCUUGCACACCAAGCUCAUAUAGGUCACUAAAUGUAUGAAUGAUUCCCUUCUGCUGCUUCCUGCAUUGUCUGGGGUUGCCACAGAGCUCCGUUCAUCCGAUUACAUUUAAUUUGGCACGGUUUAAUCAUCGCAUACCUUUCCUAUUUAUCCGGGUUUGGGACCGGCACUAAGGGUGCACUGAUGCGUCCCCGCAAUAACAAGGUUCAUUCUGUAUUUGUGAGCCUGGAACCUAACACUUCUGUCCAUAUAGCGUACAUACUUGGCAACCCUAGGCCAACACAGUGCAAGCAUAUAACACCCAUACCACCCCUACUUAAUGCACUUUCGAGGUCAUAAGCAUCAGUACUCAUUCAGAAAUCAGUCCCAGAACUGUCUCUACUGUUACACGACACGUUCAGAGUAAAUGUAGCGCUAAAGAAAGUGUCAUAAAGGUGUUUGUACUGUGGAACUAGCUUCUGCUGGGCUAGUCUUGCACACGACGUUCCAUAUCUGGACCCUGGCACCAGUGAUAUUUAUUUAUCAUCAUUAUUCAGAAGCCAUCGCUCUGUUCACAUGAACAUGUAACCUAGUGGUUAAUGUACUGGACUGGUAAUCAAAAGGUUCAAGCCCACCACUGCCAGGUUGUCACUGUUGGGCCCUUGAGCAAGGCCCUUAACACUUAAUUGCUUAGACAAUUUGGGUAAAAGCGUCUGAUAAACUGCCGUAAAUGUAAACGUGUACAGAAUAUUUCCAGAACCAAAGUCAAAUUGAGGCCGAAAUCUUAAGUAGCUUUGAAUAAAAGUGUCUGCUAAAUGUGGUAAAUGUCAAAUAAUUCUGAGCUGAUACAUGUAAAAAUAACCAAGCACAGGGCACCCAGGUGGCGCAGCGGGAUAUUCCGCUAGCACACCAGCACAGAGAUUCUGAACUCCUCGGCUCGAAACUUAGUGUUGCCACCGGUCUGCUGGGUGCCAUCUGGCGGGCAUAAUUGGCAGUGCCUGCAGCAGAUACUAAUUGGCCACCGUGUCUGCAGGGUGGGGGCCGGACUAUGUGUGGGUGGGUGGGUCUUCAUACGCUGUGUAAGGACCCUGAUUGGCGGAAGAGAAGAGGAGGGCUGUGCACGUGUCGGAAGAGGCGUGUACAGUGACGUGCUCUCCUCGGAUGCAAUCUGGCAUCUCUCAGCAGCGGAAGACGAAAUCGGGAGGAAAAUGGGGAGAAAAUGCAUUAAAAAAAUUAUAAUAAUAACCCAGCACUUAAUAAGAGGCGCUUUGGAAAGAUGAAUUACUCAGAUUUUUCUUUCUUACCUGCAGUGCAUGUAUUAUUUAUGAUUCUAAAACAAGUAUUACUGGGGACAAUACAAUAAUUCAAUUAAAAACUGUAUGAUUUAAAAACAAGUAAGACCAAGACCUGUCUACUGGGAAGUCAACAGCUUUACCUCCGAUAGCCUCAUGAUCCUUACCUCCCAGAAUUCAGAUUACUGAAGUAAAUUCAACCUCGUUAUUCUGAUUAUCGCCAGAAUAAAUGAACAGUUUCUUUAUUUUUCCCAUUAUUCUGUGCAUGUUAAUGCACUCACUGCCAGAUCCUCCUUUUUACUACAGAUAUUCAGUGUUGAAGUGUUUGAUCAGUUAGCAAAUACUGUAAAAAAGUGAUUAUUUAUGCAUCUGUUACGAACACUACUCGAGCCACUCACAAAUAUCCUACAGCGGUGGUUCACAAAUGCAUCCGUGUUUAGUAAUAAUCGACCUAAAGUACCGAAGUGUGAGCCGAACUUCUACAUGUGACACACACGACCAUGACAUAUAGCACUUAUAGAACUGACAAUCAUUGAUGCGUGUGUACAAAUGAGGGAAAACAAGCAUUAACCACUUUAGUUUUUGUUAUUUAGGAUACUUCUAGUGCAGAUCUAGCUUUAAUAAAUAUUUAUUCAUUAUUAUUUACUCAUGAGUUCAUGAGUAUUCAGUCGUCAGUCACUAUAUUUAAAAUAUAUAUAGAGAAUACACAGAGCGUCACAAUUUGUUGUGUAUGGGGCUGCAAAAGGGGGACCAACACACUAUUAGGAAG